AUGGCCCUCUGGAAAACAGUAGUUGUGGUGUUGCUGGCCUGUGUGUCCUGGCCACGGGGAGCCACGGAGGACCUCCGCAGCUUCAAGGACCAGCUCAAGGACUGUCUGGUGGACAAGGACUUCCAGGAGAUUCUGCACAUCAGUGAGACGGGCCUUCCCCCUGCCCACACCCCUCGGCAUGUGGUCAUCGUGGGCGCCGGCAUGGCCGGCCUGACCGCUGCCCAACUGCUGCAGGGCGCGGGACACCAGGUGACUCUGCUAGAGGCUAGCGGGAGGGUGGGGGGAAGGGUGGAGACCUACAGACACCCGACAGACGGCUGGUAUGCUGACCUGGGAGCCAUGAGGAUCCCCAGCUCCCACCAGAUUGUGCGUUCCUGCGCCCAGCGGCUGAAUGUGAGUUUGAGUACGUUUGUGAUGGAUGACCCCAACACCUUCUACCUUGUCAACGGGCAGCUUGUGAAGACCUCCAUGGCAGACAAAAACCCCGCCCUCCUCAAAUACAACACCUCCCAAAAGCUGUCGGCUGACCAGCUGCUUGAUCAGGCCUUGCAGACGGUAAAAGACGCAGUGAAAAAUAAAGGAUGUGGGUUUGCCCUUAAGAAUUAUGACCAGUAUUCUGUCCAGGGUUAUUUGGAAGAAGUGGCUAACCUGAGUUCUGAGGAGGUGAGGAUGAUAGGAGACCUACUAAAUGAGAACUGCAUGAUGUACACUGGCCUGACUGAGAUGCUCUACGACCAAGCAGAUGUCAACGACCACACUGAUUAUUUCGAGGUGGUGGAUGGCUCAGAUCGUCUCCCACAAGCCUUGCAUCGCGUCCUGCUUUACCCCGCCCAGCUGAACUCCAAGGUCAAACAAAUCACCCAGUCAGACACUGGCGUCGAUGUAUACUACCAGAAGGGUAAAGAAUCAGACUGGACCAAGGUGUCUGCGGAGGCAGUCCUCGUCACGACCACAGCCAAGGCGGCCCGCUUCAUAGACUUUGUCCCACCUCUCAGAAACAGUAAGAGGCACGCACUGAGCAGCGUUCACUACGCCAGCUCCACCAAGAUCAUCCUCACCUUCAGCAAAAAGUUCUGGGAGGCUGAUGGCAUCAAGGGGGGGAAGAGCAUCACAGACCGCCCCUCUCGCUUCAUCUACUACCCCAGUCACAGCUUCCCUAAGAACCCGGACGUCGGCGUGCUGCUGGCCUCCUACACCUGGUCCGACGAUUCUCUGCUCUUCCAGGGCCUGGGGGAUGAGGAGCUGAAGGAGGUGGCCCUGAACGACCUGGCGCUGAUCCACGGGGAGAAGGUCUGGGACCUGUGCACGGGGGUGGUGGUGAAGAAGUGGACCUCUGACCCCUACAGCCUGGGAGGCCUCGCCAUCCUCAAUCCCUACCAGUAUCCCGAGAUCGCCUUGGAGCUCUUCCGGUCGCAGGGCAGAGUUCAUUUCGCCGGGGAACACACCGACUUCACUCACGCCUGGAUUGAAACAGCCAUGAAGACGGCCAUCCGAGCUGCCAAGAACAUCCACACCCAGCUUCAAGACAGCUUCAAGUCCACCGCUAAAGUAGAGCUCUAA